AUGUUUCGAAUUCAUCUCAAUGAUUGGGAUACCUGCCAAAGAGACACAGGUUCUAUUGAGAAAAGUUUCGAGAGCGCGAAGAUUUUUACUGAGAUCGAAUUGGUGGAACACCGAAUGGAACCACAGGAGGCAAAGACCACCCUUGGACAAAAUAGGAAAUCUUUACUUUUGGGAGACAGGUUGAAGGAUGCGAAAGUUUCAAAAAAUGAAAUUCUGCAAAGUGUCUUGUAUUCUGUAUGGACCAGUAAUUUUUAUACAACUAGAAUGGACGUAAGUGUUCGAUACGAGCUAUUUCGAAGCUAUCGAAUUCACGCGUUGCAAAGUGCAUAUCUUCCUAUUUCUGUGGAUUGGAUUCAUAAGAGAGAAGGUCCAGAGGACACCAACAAUUUCACUCUGGAUACCACGUUGCUCAUAUGUUCCCGCGGUGCCGUUGGCGGUUGCAGCACCCCCGGCAGUAGAGUGGAUCCCUGGUGGAAUCCUGGUCCCCUCUUCCCCUCGACACCUGGUCCGCCGAGGAUCGACGAGGGGCCACCAGAUAACAUCACUGGCAGCUUUCAAUUCUGCGUACCAUCAGCGAGUAGGAAUAGUUCGAACGUACACCAUCAGCAGAUUUUGCAACAACAGGAACAACAACAACAACAACAACAACAACAACAACAACAACAACAACAACAACAACAACAACAACAACAACAACAACAACAACAACGACAACAACAACAACAACAACAACAACAACAACAACAACAACAACAGCAACAGCAACAACAACAACAACAACAACAACAACAACAACAGCAGCAGCAGCAGCAGCAGCAGCAGCAGCAGCAGCAGCAGCACCACCACCACCACCACCACCAUCACCACCACCAUCACCAACAUCAAGUUAACAGAAGCUCCUGUUCGAGUUACGGUAUCGCCUCGGCAUCGGCCUCGGUGUGUUCCACCUCGGGCCUCGGUCACACGCAGGACACGCGAGGACCUGAUGCCGUAGGCUCCAGCUCGAGCAUCACGUACGGAAUUAACUCCUCUUCACCGGAAACCUCGUCCACGUCGAGAAGUAACAACAACGGUAACUUGGUACUCUCGGCGCUUCUCGCACCGACAUCGGUGAUAGAGAGCGCCGAACGUUUGUCAAGCGGCGAGACUUCGUCAUCGGGAAGUCACGGGAACGUAAUCGGAUCCAUCAACACAACGACGAGCGUCACAACGGCCGAUUCAUUGAACGGCGUUUUCUCGCCGCUUAACGCGAGGAUCAAAACGGAGGAACCCUCGCGAGUUCGUUCAGAGGAAGCGAGUAACGCUUCCUUAUCAUCUGCCUCGGAUUCGCUUUCCACUUAUUCAACAUCAACUUUUAACACGUCCUUGCUUAGCACCUUACUUUCAACCUCGCGUAUAUCCUCGUCACCUUGCAGAGGUGACAAUAGUGAAGAAGAACUCUUGUCGAGAAGUUGUAUCAAACUAGAGGAGGAACAACAAUCGCAGGAACGAGAUCAAGAAUUAGUUCGCAACAUCAAAGUCGACUAUACGUUAGCACGAUCCUCGCAGGAAACUUUGGAAGUUGAUGAGAACGAAGAUCUGACUACCACGUCACCUUACGAUAUCGUUAAUACCGGUGGACGGAAGCCAACAAGAAUCUCAAGUGGAUCUAGCGUUAUAUCUCCCUCCGCAGAUAUUGUCAUCGAGAUGAAGUACGAAACGCAAUCAGGGCCUCCAACGGCACCACCUCAUCUAUCGUCGACCGGCGUUGAGCCUCCUCACAGUAGCCAAGGAAGCGGAAUUAUUGUCGGUGGCUCACCAGCCGAAGUGGUCGGUGUAGACAAUCUCCUUUUAUCGUCGUGGGGUGCUGCAGGACCGGACUUUCUUGAGCCACCGGAUGUUAAACAAACUGCAGCUGGUUUACACGACACGUGGGAUACACUACUUUUAGGAACGUCAGUCGGUGUUACAUCCGCGCAAUCCUUAGCUGAACUCAAACCUUUACCACCAUUUACUGGCUACACUGGACACCUUAGCAUUAACGGAAUACCUGGCCAUCAUUAUCACACGAUCGCCUCGUCGGCGCAAAGGCCGUCCCUACCUUCCUCCUCGCCGACACCUUCCUCCAAUCAGGAGUAUUACGAGUCAUCCGUUGUUUCCUCGAGUACACCAUGUCCUCAAGCGAGUCAAAAGCAACAACAGCAGCACCAACAAUCGCAACAACAACAACAACAACCACAGCAUCAUCAACAACAUCAACAUCAACAUCAGCAUCAACAUCAUCAACAUCAACAGCAACAACAGCAACAACAACAGCAACAGCAACAGCAGCAGCAGCAACAGCAGCAGCAACAGCAGCAACAGCAGCAAUUACCCCAGUCAACGCAACAGGUCGAAUACGAUAUCGAGGACAUCGCGGAGAUCAUCGGGUCAGCGAUAGCGGACACGACCGUACCCGGUGGUGGGAACGGACCUAGUUCCGAGCACGAUCCUGAUGCUUCCAGAGAUUGGAUCGAUAUAGCCGAGUGGAUAGAUACUGCUUGUUCGCCAAAGGCACAGGAGACCACUUCUCCAAGUCCCUAUUCUCAAAUUUACGCAACCGCUACGCCCUCGACGCAAGCUCAACAGCAUGGUUCGACUCUUCAGAGUUUACUCACGCACGGGUACGCUCCGCUUCUGCAAGCCAGGUUACAAGCUGGCAAUGCUGGACUACAAAACGCGUCUUGUGGCGAGACACCCUCAUCAACAAGUCCUUAUCCACCUGUUAGUCCACCCGGCAGAGUUUCAACGUCCUGUAGUCCAGAUCAUCUUCUUCAUUCCUCCUUCGCUGCUCCUUCGCAUCCGAGAAAGAGGUCACGACCUGGGCCAGGUUCUCAAAAUACUUCUAAAAAAAAUCUAGCCUCUGGUGCCACAGCGUUACCUUACGGAACGGAUUCAGGCCUGAUAGGUGGCAAAGAGAAACCCGUGCACAGGUGUUCUAUCUGUAAUCGUGGCUUCCUUAAUAAGAGUAAUAUCAAAGUUCAUCUGAGGACGCACACGGGAGAGAAACCAUUCAGGUGCGAGGUUUGUGGCAAGGCCUUUAGACAAAAGGCACAUCUGAUUAAACAUCAACAAAUUCAUAAAAGAAUUGGGAGGGAUUAGAGACGAUGAGGAUUACUCUUGGGACACUGGGAGUUGACGAUAUUUCGCUAUUUAAACAAAAGUACCUAUAUUAUUUCUGAUGUACCUAUGAAUACCAAGUCAAUGCUGAUCAGAUUUCUAUCGGAUAAGUACAAACCGAUUUUAUCAACUCGAAUCUCAUCGAUUGUUCAUAUUAAUGCCGAAUCAAUGAUACUGUGAUGGUGAUAAUUGAUAUUGAAAAAUGAAAAAGACCAAUGAAAAGACUGUUCCUUAUUUCUCUCGAGUUUUUGAAAUCGACAUAUCAAUUCAAUUUGAGAUCAUCCUAGACGCAGGACGAAUGAAAAAAAAAAAAAAAAAAGAAAAUCGUGAAUCUCCUCACGAAGGUAUGGAACCUUCGAAAGUUUCGAAAGACUCGGAAGGGUUCGGACCGAAAAAUGUCAGACGAUCUCUAUUUUUCUCUUCUUCUCUUCUCACUCUCUUUCUACCAUUCUUUCUCUGUAUUCUUUUUUGUUUGUUGACGAAAGGACGCGAAGUGAGUGAUAUUCCUGUUGUGACACAACGUGUAAAUACAUAUCUGCGAUGUUUAUUAAAGUGUAAUUUACUUACGCCGAUAGGUAGAUUCUCUUACGUUAAGUAAAUGAUAAGAAGAGUAUAUAUAUAUGUGUAUAUAUAUAUAUAUAUAUGUGUAUAUAUAUAUGUAUAUAUACACAUGUACAUAUAUAUACACAUAUAUACAGUGUAUAUAUAUAUGUAUAUAUAUAUAUAUACAUACAUAUAUAGUGUAUAUAUAUGUAUAUAUACACAUAUAUACUCUUAUACAUGUAUGUAUACAUAGUUAGCGUAAAAUACGUAAAAGAAACGUAAAAGGAAGUACGACAAUAACACGAGGUGUGGUCACGCACGUGACUGCCCUAAGAAUGUACCUAAAGCCCUUCCAAAUACGUUUUCUACAAUCAGAUGAUUUCAUUCGCUUGCUUUCCUUUUAUUUAUCAUGAUUUUUAUAUUUGUAUCUCUUACCAUCUCUUUCUAUCAUCCGAGAUCAUAUCUCAUUUCACCAUUCAUUAUAUUUUUUUUUUUUUUGUUUUUUUUUUUUUUCAUUCACCCUCAUACCCCUUUCUUUUUCCAAUUCUUUUCGUUAAUUUAUUAUCUUCCAAGUCUCUUUUUU